AUGAGUGAACGCGGCUCGGAGAUCGUGUUUCGUGCGGAAAACAUGCCGAUCCGAUUCUUCAAGGCAUGUCGGUGGUGUCGUCGACAAAAAAUGCGAUGUGAUGCGCGUCAUCAAGUCCCUUGUUUCCGCUGUCGUUCCACAGGUCGAGAUUGCAUUUUGGAUCCAAUUGAAGACAGCCGCAGACGUAGUGAACGUCGCCGCAAAACAACCCCUGCCCGCGGGUCAGCAGUAGCUUCUCCACUGGAUCAAAGGAGUGGGUUCCAUACUCCUGUCUCAAGAGAGCAGGAAUAUUCUCCUGUGACAGGUCAGGACGUUAGCUUUAAUGCUUCUAUUGACUCUCUUCCCGAUUCUUCGACCCUGAGGGAACUGCGUCGGUCUGUUACGGCCGACCACAACGGCCCGGAUUCGCAGCAGUUGAGUCCCAGUGAUAUGAUUGCACCGGUAUCAGCGGUUCAUUCUAUGUCUGUGAAUCUACUCGACUCGAAUAAUAUAUUCAUGGAGCACUCAACAAAUAGUGACCUGAGAGGCGAUAUCAUCGCUCGUGGCAUUGUCACGGAAGAAAGAGCAAGGGUGAUGUAUGAACGAUUUACAGGGGGUAGCAAGAACUAUCUUCCGCUAUUUGACCCAAUCCGUGACACCUUUGACUCUAUUCGAUCGCGAUCAUUAUUUUGCUUCACGGUGAUCAUCUAUCUGGCUAGUCGAGCAGUUAUGGACUUGCGCACAGAUACCCACAUGCAACGUGUGUUGCAAGAUGAGGCACAAAGAUUAGCUGAAGACAGUUUUUUUGAGCGUCCAACAAAGCUCGAGACUGUACAGGGAAUGAUUCUGCUGGCUGCUUACUCUGAGAAGACCUGGUUUUCAACUGCUCUGAUCUUACGUACCGCUCUCGACUCUGGCCUUGAGAAGUCCUUAGACACUUUAAUUUCACAGGAGAAUGUACCUCGAAGUUCGCUUGCUGCAUCGAUGGAUGAUCGUCAACUCGUUUGGCAGACACGGACUUGGCUAAUCAGUUUCACAUUGGAAUUGGAUGUUGCUUCUGGAACUGGCCGAAAAUCGCGCAUCGGGGAAGUAGACAUCACAAAACUGCGCAAAUUUCUUGAUUAUCCACUCUCUUUACCUUGUGAUAUGCGCACUGUUUGCAUCAUUGAGCUUCACCAACUCCGAGGUCACUCGCGUAUAAUCCUGGACAAUGCCGGAACGGUCCGUGACAUAAAUUGGUGGACUACCUGGGACGAUAUCCAUAGCAACAAUGGCUUUCAUGCGGGAGCAUUUCAACGAAGUAGCCUCAAACUGAUGCUCCUAUACGCAAGAAUAUUUGUUCUAUGUGCUACUCUGGCACGCAUUCAAAAGCUGCAACCAACUUCCGCCAACUCUGAAUCAAAUAUCAUCGACCAGAAUGUAAUGGAUUUGUGGAAAUCGCUGGUCCAAACAAUUAUGGAGCAAAUGGCAUUUUUAAUCACCGAACCGGCAUAUCGGUGCCAAUUCCCUUGGGCUCCAACUUACCCAGCCUUGACGAUUGCGUUUGAUUUACUUCUUGAGCGAGCAGAGAAGAUAUGUGAUUUUUUGAAGCAACCACCAUACCCAGAUAUUCACCGCACAGUCUCAAUAUUUGUGAAUUAUGCUCGAGCCCUCAUUGUCACUCAGCGUUCUAAAAGCCACGAUAUUGCGGAUGGGCCUAAUGUAUCUGAACAGGGUGACGGAUCCAUGCCAUCCUAUCAAGGUCCGGAUAGCCCCAUGGAGAAUGCCCCGCCUUUGGCCCCUAUGGACGAUCCUCGGUACAGGCCCGGCACGGGUGCGCCGACUGAUAAAGACCCAAACAUGGUCACAAUGCCAAAUAAUGAUCCAGCUGCAGUUCCCAGACCGUCCCUUCUAAGGCUACCAGACACCAUGGACGCUCCUAAUUGGACUAUGUCUAAUUCCAUCGCGGAUUCCUUUGGUCUCUUCGAGGAUGGACAAAACGACAUAUUUGACUUUUUGCCCAUGUUGGUGGAUAUGGCAAACUACACACUUGUUGAAUUAUCUUCCAAUGAAGUCUUAGUUGAGUUCCAAGAACGGUCUACUGCAAACCCAAACAAUUGGUCCUUCAACAAAAAGUUAUACAAUGCAGUCAUCGGACUGCUCAUUGUACUCAACAGUGGUAUAUCCUCUUCACUACCUAGCAAUGCAGUUCCUACCAUCAUGGACGACUUUGACAUCUCAGGAGAUGGGCAAAAGGUCUUACCAACCGCCAUUUUCCUGAUUGGAUAUUGUGUCGGACCUUUAGUUUUCAGUCCAAUGAGUGAAACUAUUGGCCGCCAACCGAUUCUUUUCUGGUCGUUCACUGUUUUUGUCCUGGGAACACUGGCUUGUGCUUUUGCGCCUAAUUGGCCUGCGCUGCUGGUAUUUCGUGUCAUUUGCGGUACCAUGGCUGCUGCACCACAGACUGUAGUCGGAGGUGUAUAUGCGGACUUGUUUUCGGAUAUGCAAAGUCGUGGGCGGGCAAUGGCAUUAUACAUGGCCGCCUCAAGCUUUGGCCCUAUCAUUGGCCCGAUCAUCUCUGGCUGCUCAGUUCAAUAUGGUUGGCGCUGGACCUUCCGAAUCGAUGUUAUCAUCUGUGGUCUAGCCUGGAUUGGCCUUUUUGGGCUUUCUGAAACAUUUGCACCCGUACUUUUGAAAAAGCAAGCUGCAAAGCUUCGAAAAGAAUCCGGAUCCAAUCGCUAUCUAUCUCCAGUCGAAGUAAAAUCCGAUGCGGCCUUCACUUUAACUCAGACGAUCAUUCGGCCACUGACUAUGCUGGCUUUCGAACCAAUUAUUCUUUUCACAUCGAUAUACAUUUCACUGGCAUGGAGCAUGGCCUACCCUAUUAUCUUCGAAGUUGGCUUCGGAGCCGCAUCGUCAUGCCUCUUCGCCCUCUACUACGACAGCUUAUACAACAAAGCCAAGAAAAUGGGAAAGCUAUGGGCAUCUGGUCCAGAGUCUCAACGGCUCCCAAUGUCUUGUGUAUCCGCUCCUUGCUUAACGAUCAGUCUUUUCUGGCUAGCAUGGUCCGCAAAAUCCAGCAUUCCCUGGAUUGUACCCGUACUCUCAGGCAUAGUCUUUGGACUCGGGUAUCAAACCACAUUCAUUUCUCUUUUGACAUAUGUCACCGAUGCGUACAAAAUCUACUCGGCUAGUGCAUUAGCUGCAUCUGUGAUUAUGCGAAGUAUCGCUGGCGCACUCUUCCCUCUCGCAGCAGACCCACUAUAUGCCAAACUUGGAGUGGCAUGGGCUACCUCUAUACUAGGGUUUGCUAGUUUGGCUUGUAUUCCGAUUCCAUUCGCACUAUACUACUAUGGUCCGUGGAUCCGGAAGAGAAGCCCGUUUUGUCAGCGAUUAUUGGAGAUGGAGUUGUUGAAGGGAUCCAGUGGAACACUAACGCCUGAAGAAGUUUAA